AUGUAUAAAGAUUCAGCAAUCGACAACGCUGUGCGGGCUGGAAAUUUGCGCAGUGCUUUGGUUCUGGUUUCCAAGAAAAUCAAGGAGCACCCCAAUAGCUCGUACUUCUAUGCUCUGGAGGCCGAGAUCCUGGCCUUGUCGGGGAGAAGACAGGAGGCCGAGUCCAAGGCUAACCUGCUAAUGGACAAACUGCCAAGCGAUCCGGACGCGUUGAAACUUCUCGCAAACGUUUUUGAUUUGUGUGAAGCGCGACAGGAUGUCUUUGACAAGGUGUGCAAAAAGUACCCUUCUGUGGAUCUGGUGUACGAAUAUUUUACCUUCAGCGUCGCUAGAGGCGAUAUUUUGGGCAUGCAAAAAGCAUCCAUGCUUCUAACAAGGGCCGUGGCGACUGCAAAGCAGUCUGUGGAUACUCAGUUAUUCAAAUUUUGGGCCGCAACAUGUCUGAUGCUUGCGUGUCGCUGCUGUGCCUUGCCUCCUUCGAUGCAAAAGCUGUAUCCGCAAUUGGGUGUCCGAUUGAUGGAGCAGGUAGGACUUGCGACAGCACAACAUGUUUACGUCUAUGUUUGUCUGCUUCAGCUUGCUGGUAGAGAUGACGACAGUUUAAAGUUUAUGGAAAACUUUCUGGCCAAAGAGAACGACUUGGAGCUCAAGAUCAUUUAUCUGAAGACAUUGGAUCAAAUGAACAGGCCAGAAAAACUCUUUGAAGUUUGCGAGAACUACUUAAUUCGCCUACAGGAGGACGACUGGGAUACAUGGAAACUGCUUAUCAAAGCUGCCAGAGCAACCAACAAGAUCGACGACUGCAGAACACUAAUUAGUUCUUACUCCUCCCGUAACACCAAGCUCGCUGCUAUUGAACUUGAUCAGCCUGGAGCAAUUCAGGAAUAUUUUCACUGUUACGAGACGAAGCUUUGUUGCUUUAGCGAUCUGAAGCCCUAUGUCCACAAAGGCGUCUCCGAUGAAGCGCUUUUGAAGGACAGAUUUGAUGCGUUUAUGAAGCUCAAAAAUCCAACACUUGAGAACGUGAUAACUGCGGUCAACCUUAUGAAGUUCAGGGCGUUGGAUGCUAGAGACAAGCAGUUUGUUGCUGACUGCUGUAUGUUGUACAACAAAACAAAGUUCCACCUCGACUCCCUUGAAGAGUUCGAUUAUUUCCCUGGAUACGAGUUCAUAAUCCUCGCUAUUGAGGCAUCAAUAGAGCACUUGGAUUUUGAUUUGGAACUGGUCUACUCGCUGGUUGUGAUUUUGGAGGAGGCCUUGUUCAAAAACAAGUACGAGUUCCAUUUGAAGCUCUGGCUGAUGAGACUGUGCACAAUCGCUAAUCUCCAGCCUGCUGCUGACGAGCUUUAUAAUUCCCUCAAAAUCAAGUUUGUUCAGCAUGACACACUCUCCUAUCUCAUUGGCACAAGACGGUCGAUAGGAGCGGGUCCUUUGGUGGAGGUGUCCAGGUUUUAUACCCAUAAAGUUCAGAGAGAGGUACCUCAUAUGAUAAUCAGCGGAUUUCAGAGCAUAGCGAUGAACAAACUCCAAGGUUUUGUGGAAUUUUACAACAGGCUCAACACUUCGUUUGCAAAACUAUCUACUGCUGUGGAGCUUAUCAGAGCAUACAGGCUCAAAGAUGACCAAAAGAGCGUGGAAGAACAGGUUUCUGUGCUGCGUAGUCUUGGAGAUCAAGAAAUUAGCGACAAUAGAGACUUCAAAACGUUCUGGGACUGCGGCGUUCAUGAGCCUCUUGAAGAGGUGGACCACAAAUUGCCGCAGUACUAUAGCAAUGCUCACCUGCGGCUUUUGGUGCUCAGGGAGCUUCUCAUCUACGACCCUGAAUCGCGCAAAACGAAGGAACGGAAAAAGGAACUUUUGGAGCUUUAUGCCAAACUGCAGCUGUCCGACAUCGAAAAAUGGAGCUUCUCGGUCCUGCUUCAGCAUUUCGACGGCACAGAGCCGCUGCCGUUGCCUCCUAAGCCCGAUACAAUGCUUUCUUCAAAGUUCAACUACUACCAUGCUGUGGUUGUGGACACAUACAAGCAAAUUGCAUUUCUGAAAGGAAACACUAAGCAUACAAAAUCAAUCUUGACUACCCUUCGCAAUGAAAAUAGAGAGUACAAAUCGAUGGCCAGAAAACAGCUUGAAGAUAUGAGGAAAAAGGUCAGGGUGUUUUUGAAAAACAAUUUCAAAGAGCUCGACAUCAGUGAUAACUCAAUCAGUGCUUCUUUCGCCAAAAUGAGGCAGAAUCUAGAUAGCUCGAUCGCAUAUUUGCAGGGACUAUAG